AAGAAGGCUUUCUCCCUAGCAUGCUGCAUCUACAGAGUCCCGGAACGAUUGCGAAAGUUAAAUGAAAAUGCAUAUACACCUCGAGUAGUCUCAAUAGGCCCUCUUCACCAUGGUAAGGAAAACCUAAAAGCUAUGGAAGACCACAAAAUAAUGUACCUGCAGCAGUUUCUUGAACAGAACAAGGUAAGUGUGGAGGAUUUAAUUAACAUUAUCAAGGAAAAUGAAACAAAAUUACGUGAUUGUUAUGCAGAGACCAUUGAUCUUAGUAAGAAAGACUUCGCAACAAUGAUUUUACUGGAUGCUGUCUUCAUUAUUAUGGUCUUACUAAACAUGAAGUACUUUAGAGGGUUUUAUGGCAAUAGACGUGGUGACCACAUUUUCUAUCGUCCAUUUAAGAUAAUGGACGUAAUGUUUGAUAUGAGCUUGCUUGAAAAUCAGCUUCCAUUCUUCAUCCUUGAGAAGUUGUUUCAGCUAUCCAGUGUAGCUUCCAAUCCUGAGAAUUGCCCCCUUACUGAACUUACAUGUGGGUUAUCAAAAGGUCAAUGGGUUAACUGGGUAAAAGAGGACAGUUGGAAAAUAAUAGAUUCAUCUGGAGUCCUGCAUUUCGUUGACUUCCUAAGAAAGUGUCAGGAACCAACAGAGAAGCACUGUCCAGCGAAAGAAGAAGCUUAUUUAAGCGCACCCACUGCGACGGAGCUCCAUCAAUCUGGAGUGAAGUUUAAUCGUCCCGAAAAAAGCUCAUUAUUAGACAUAAGAUUCAGUAAUGGGAUUCUAGAAAUUCCACAACUAAAAAUAUAUGAUGUGAUAGAAAUCUUAUUCAGAAAUCUCCAGGCCUUUGAGCAAUGUCAUCAUGUGUACGGGGACACUUUCGUAAAUGACUAUAUUACUUUCAUCAGCUGCCUCGUCAGUGCUACGAAAGAUGUGGAAGUACUUGCUCAGAAUGAGAAUUUGAAAAAUAUGCUAAGCAGUAACGAAGCAGUGUCGAAUCUUUUUCACAAUCUUAUCAUAGAAAAUGUUAUCUCUUCAGAAAGUUUUCUUCCGGGUCUCUGCGAAGAGCUGAAUUUACAUUGCAGAAGGCGUAGGUACAAGUGGAAGGCAAACUUGAAGCAGGUUUACUUCAACAAUCCAUGGACCGGCAUCUCCGUUUUUGCUGCUACUUUUCUCCUUUUACUCGCUGUAACACAAACGGUGUGCUCUAUCAUUCAAUUGUGAUAAAUAUUUAACCCCCUUGUAUUUUCUUUUCCUUUUGUGAUUUCAAUGUUCUUAAAAUCCUGAGCAAUAUUUGCUCUUUUCGUUUCUUGUUUUCCUGAUGAUCU